AUGGGCAAAAGACAGUCAGAAAACGAGGAGAGUGAGGGGGGCAAGAAGAAGAGCAACUUCAUUGCGAGACUGUAUAGUGAGACGUGUAAUGCAUCUAACAAGGCAAUUUGUUUUGAUUUGGAAGGAGAUAAGCUUGUUAUACCAAACAAAAUAGACUUCAUAAAGAGCACAUUGUGUAGAAUAUCAUCAACAAAAGAUUAUAGCAGUUUUGUGAGACAGCUGAAUAACUACGGUUUCACCAAGAUAAAGACAGAGGAAUCAGACAAUAACUGCGAUGUUUACUACCAUCAAAACUUCCACAGAGAUCAUCCAAAGUUGAUUUCGUACGUGAACAGAGACAAAACUAAACGAGGGGAUUUGAAACAAAACAUGGGGACACUGGUGAAUUCGUUACAAUAUUUGGCAAAAUGCAACUAUAGGCAGCAAAAGGAGAUAACAGAGCAAAGUGAGAGGAUAAGGCAGCUUGAAAUCAAGAACCAGACACUGUAUGAGAUUUUGGGGACUGCAUUACGAAAUGGAUUCAAUGCAUACAAGAACAAAAAUAUACCAGAAGAAGUAGUAGGAAGUGAGCCACUGACAUACAGGCAGAAUGGACUCAUAUUUAAGGAUGAUAAGAAGCAAUUGGUACAUACAAGGCAGAAUAGCGAGAGCAAUGAGGAUGAGAAGCCAAAGUCACUCUUUGAUGAGUUCUAUUUUUGA